AAUUGCCUAUCUCUCACCUGCUUGCCUGAUUUUAGAUUCUCUGUACGUAACUGGGACUAAAUCAUGACUUCUUGGAUCUCUGCAAUCUGCACUAUCUUCAGAUGAUACACCCAAAUUUGAAGACAUGGCCGGAAAAGUCUAUUAGAACAACAGCAGCAGCAGCAGCAUGCAGACAGUAGACGAAUCUCCAUAAGUUCACAAACCCUCAUUUAAUUUACUCAAAAGAACAAUUAGUGGUAGCUGAUUAAUUCAGAAUGAGCUAUUUAAUUUAAUUCAUUUUCUGCCUACAAAGACUGGCUUGGAAACUGCUGUUAAAAUGUUUGGAGAAAAGCAAAUUGGUAAUAAAUCAAAUACAAAAAAACAAAAAGAAGAAGAAAAUAUUGAAUAAUUGCUAAUAAUAGUAAAUGUGACGAAUCCGGAAUGGCUGCUGCAGCUGCCAUCUUCUUAUCCUUUUCUUAUCCUUUCUCGGAACUCAAUCGACAAUCCCACCUCGAAACACGCACCAACCUUCCAAUCCAGAUACUCUUUUACACAAUCUCUCAUCUACGCCCACUAAUUAAACAAACUAACCAGAAAAAGAGAGAGAAACCGAAAAUGAGAGAACAAGAUCGGCAGACAAGAGUGCUGUACGAGCUCUGUUCAAUGAUCAUUCACAUCCUCCGUUCACCGCCGCUGCCCAUUUCCUUCCCCAGCCUCUCUUUAUUGUCUUCUCCGCCGUCUUCUUCCUCGUCUCCGCCGGCCCAGAUUUCCCCGGCGGCUUUUGGGUCGCUUUUUAUUGGGAUCUCGAUCGCGUUGAUGCUCUUCGGAUCAGUUACUUUUGUGAUCGGAUUGAUUCUGAUGCCACUGGUGAUAACGCUGGUUUUGCUGUUUUAUUUUGUGGGAAUUGUUUCCAAUUUGUCGGAAAUUGGUCGCGACAUUCUCUGGCCUUCCCCUGAUUCCAUCAAGUUUGAACCAGCGUGGAAUUAUUCAAGCUGAGGGAUCCACUCCAAGAAUAAAAGACACAGUUCAUUUUUGCAGCCAGAAAGAGUUGGAAAAGAUUAGAGUUUUGGUCUAAUGCCCAUGAUCUCGAUUGUAGAAUCGAAUCUCAGCCAUGUGUUGUACGGGUUGAUGAUAUGCAAAUCAUAGUACUUGGAAAUCACUAAAGUGUAUGAAACAAUGUAGCUCCUUUAACGACCAUUUCCCCUCUAUAGUCUCAUUCAAUGUAACUUGGUUUGCUUCUUCA